AACCGGCUAAGCCGUCGCAGUCAGGCUCAAACACACACUCUCACACAGAGAGAGAGAGAGAGAGUGAAAGUGGGUGUGUGUGUGUGUGUGUGUGUGGGAAGGAACUGGGAGCAGCAGCUUUACGCACGGAGCGCAGGAGGGAAAACACACUCACAGUCUUUCACGCACAGUCGCGCAAGACAAGCACACAAACACACACGGAGAAAGACACACGGACGCUCUGACCGCACAGUGGGAGAGUGAACCUGCGGGUUCAUGUCACUGUGAUUUCCCCCCUACAGAAGAGGAAUACUGACUGAGAAACAUCCCCACAGGAGGAGAACGACGACGAGGAGGAAUAACCACAGCGAUGGCUCUCGCGAACGUGUGGAACUACUGCGUCCCUCUCGCCGUGAUCACCGUCGCCUGCCUGGUGCGCACUGCUCGCUGUCAGGCCGUGCAGGCGGAGAACGUUACAGUGUUGGAGGGGGGUACGGCCCAGAUCUCCUGCCGUCUGCAGAACUAUGACGGAUCAAUCGUGGUCAUUCAGAAUCCCCGCCGGCAGACGCUGUUCUUCAACGGCACGCGAGCACUGAAGGACGACCGCUUCCAGAUGGUGCUGUUCACGCCGCGGCUGGUGCGCAUCGAGUUGACCAACGUCAGUGUGUCUGAUGAGGGCGGCUACUUCUGCCAGCUCUACACGGAUGCCACGCACCACCAGGUGGCCACUCUCAGUGUUCUGGUGCCCCCGGAGACACCCACCGUGGAGGUGAAGCAGGAGGGCGUGGAAGGCGGCGAUGCAGAGCUCACCUGCGUGUCACCACGCAGCAAGCCGGCAGCCACCCUGCGCUGGGUCCGUAAUGGCCGGGAGAUACCAGGUCUGGUGUCCCAGCAGGACAACGGGAAGACGUUCAGCGUGUCCAGCACCAUCCGUAUCCUGGUAGAAAGGAAAGAUAAUGGUGCCGCACUGAGCUGCGAGGCCUUCCACCCUGCGCUGAGCGGACAGAGGAGGGUUCGCCACUACCGCCUGGAUGUGUUCUUUGCACCGACAGUGAGGAUUGUUCCUCCGCCUGGCAUUUUGCGAGAGGGCGAUUCUCUCAGCCUCACCUGCUCUGUCACUGGAAACCCUCUGCCCAGGAACAUUCAGUGGUCCAAGAUCAAUGACACCUUACCUGAGAGGGCGGAGAUUUCUGGCCCCACCUUCCAGAUUUCCCGUCUCAGCCAGUCACACAACGGGACGUACUUGUGCCAGGCCCAGAACAACUAUGGACGUGCUGCUGAUCAUUACACCCUCUUGGUGUAUGAAAAUGUGUCUGUCACCACAGUGGCCCCUCCCACUCCCACUACCUCCAUCCAACCAAUCACCUCCCAUCCCACCACCCCAACCCUUCUAACAUCCAGCUCCAGCUCGGACCCGGAAGAUCCCGGUGCAGUGGUGGAGGCUCCCAGUGCCAUGCCAUAUGCAGUGAUAGGUGGCGUCCUGGCACUGCUGGUGUUCACCGUCAUCUGUGUCCUCAUUGUCACCAUCUGGUGCUCCGUUCGGCAGAAAGGCUCCUAUCUUACCCAUGAGGCCAGUGGGUUGGAUGAACAUGGCGAGGUGCAGGAAGCCUUCCUCAAUGGGAACGACGCCAGCCAGGGCAAGAAGGAGUACCUACUGUAGCCCUUUCACCCUCCCUGUCCCCUUCUCUUCUGCCCUCAACCCUCCCUCCGUACCUUCCUUUCCUCCUACCCUCUCCCCGUCUCCUUCCUUAUAUUCAGUGUACACACACACACACACACACACACACACACUUGUAUACAAUGUGCCAUAACAGGCAGCCUUCUAAGAACGACUGUACACAAAUACUGCACACAGCCAGUCCAUUCUGUUCCAUUCCACCCUCACACACACACACACACACACACACACACACACACACACAGAGAGAGACUGAGGAAACGAGAGCCUAUAGACCCACCAGCCAUUAACGACUGUGCCAUAUACUGUAAGUCAGACAAACGCAUGCGGGGUGGGGGG